AUGCGAGAUCAUAGGGGAGUUUUCAUUGCUGCAACUACGGGUUCGAUUGGUUGGACAUGUUCUGCGUUCCAUGCAGAACUUUUUGCUGCUCGUCAGGCUGUGUUGCUGGCCCAAACGUUUUGCCAUGUUGGUAAAAGGAUGAUUUUUGAAAGUGACUCUAGCUUGGUUUUGGUUGCCAUGAAGGGUCAGGAGGAGGAUUGUUCAUUUUUGGGGCCUGUCAUUAAUGAUCUGCAUUUUUUGCUCCAGUCUUUUCCUCAGUCGUUGGUGAACUAUGUGCAACGGGGAGAAGCGCUUCUCAAAUGGAAAGCCACCUUUCAAAACCAUACCCGCCUGCAAAAUCUCAACUCGUGGACUUACCUACCCGUUCAUACAAAGGCAGCCCCAUGCUUCUGGAUUGGUAUUUCAUGCAAUGCUGUUGGAAGUGUCAAUGUGAUAAACCUUACCAAUUUUGGGAUACAAGGUACGCUACAUGAGUUUUUCUUCUUGUCUUUCCCUAAUCUUAAAUACCUCAACCUCAGCUACAAUAAUCUCUUUGAUGUCAUUCCAGCUCAAAUCAGUUCCUUCUCCAAACUCAUCUAUCUUGAUCUUUCUAACAAUUGCCUCAGUGGUUCAAUCCCAACAUCCCUCUGUGAUUUCACAAACCUUACCAUUCUUUAUCUCUACAAUAAUAAUCUUUCUAGCAUAAUUCCUAAAGAGAUAGGGAAAUUGAAAUCUCUUGUGGACUUACAAUUGUGUAACAAUCAGCUCAGCGGUUCAAUCCCAACAUCACUAGGUGAUCUCACAAACCUUACCACUCUCUAUCUCUACAAAAAUAAUCUUUCUAGCACAAUUCCUAAGGAGAUAGGGAAAUUGAAAUCUCUUGUGUACCUAGAAUUAUCUGAGAACCAACUGAGCGGUUCAAUCCCAACAUCUCUUGGUGAUCUCACAAACCUUACCAUUCUCUAUCUCUACAAUAAUAGUCUUUUUAGCACAAUUCCUAAAGAGAUAGGGAAAUUGAAAUCUCUUGUGGACCUAAGAUUAUCUGAGAACCAGCUGAGCGGUUCAAUCCCAACAUCCCUUGGUGAUCUCACAAACCUAACCACUCUCUAUCUCAAUAUUAAUAAUCUUUCUGGCACUAUUCCUAAAGAGAUAGAGAAUUUGAAAUCUCUUGUGGACCUACAAUUGUAUAACAAUCAGCUCAGUGGUUCAAUCCCAACAUCCUUUGGUGAUCUCACAAACCUUACCACUCUCUAUCUCUACAAUAAUAAUCUUUCUAGCACAAUUCCUAAAGAGAUAGGGAAAUUGAAAUCUCUUGUGAACCUACAAUUGUGCAACAAUCAGCUCAGCGGUUUAAUCCCAACAUCCCUUGGUGAUCUCACAAACCUUACCACUCUCUAUCUCUACAAUAAUAGUCUUUUUAGCACAAUUCCUAAAGAGAUAGGGAAAUUGAAAUCUCUUGUGGACCUAAGAUUAUCUGAGAACCAGCUGAGCGGUUCAAUCCCAACAUCCCUUGGUGAUCUCACAAACCUAACCACUCUCUAUCUCAAUAUUAAUAAUCUUUAUGGCACUAUUCCUAAAGAGAUAGGGAAUUUGAAAUCUCUUGUGGACCUACAAUUGUGUAACAAUCAGCUCAGUGGUUCAAUCCCAACAUCCUUUGGUGAUCUCACGAACCUUACCACUCUCUAUCUCUACAAUAAUAGUCUUUUUAGCACAAUUCCUAAAGAGAUAGGGAAAUUGAAAUCUCUUGUGGACCUAAGAUUAUCUGAGAACCAGCUGAGCGGUUCAAUCCCAACAUCCCUUGGUGAUCUCACAAACCUAACCACUCUCUAUCUCAAUAUUAAUAAUCUUUCUGGCACUAUUCCUAAAGAGAUAGGGAAUUUGAAAAAGUUGGUUGUACUGCACUUGCAUAGCAACCAAUUAAAAGGUUAUUUGCCUCAAAAUAUUUGCUGUAAUGGACAACUCCAAAACCUUUCGGUGGAUAAUAACCAUUUGACAGGUUUAAUCCCCAAAAGCUUGAAAACAUGCAAAAGCUUAGUUAGAGUUCAUCUUGAAGGGAACCAAUUCACAGGCAAUAUAUCAAAACACUUUGGUGUUUAUCCAAAUCUUGAUUUCAUAGAUAUGAGUCACAAUAAGUUUUAUGGUGAAAUUUCACAAAAAAUGGGGACAAUGCGCACAAUUAGAAACCUUACUAAUUGCGGGAAACAACCUUAUUGGUAG